AUGGCCCAGCGGAUGCCCCCUCCCAAACGGCCGGUGUUGGUUCUUCAGAAUGAAGCGCUGUACCCGCAGCGGCGCUCCUACACCAGCGAGGACGAGGCCUGGAAGUCCUUCCUGGAGAACCCGCUCACCGCAGCCACCAAGGCGAUGAUGAGCAUCAACGGCGACGAGGACAGCGCGGCCGCCCUGGGCUUGCUCUAUGACUACUACAAGGUUCCAAGAGAGAGACGGUCAUCCACAGCCAAGGCCGAUGGUGAGCACCCGGAGGCAGAUCACAGCAAAAGAGGCAGCAUGCCGAACGUGACUGAGCAGCCCCUCAUUUCUGCCGGAGAAAACAGAGUGCAGGUUCUGAAAAAUGUGCCAUUUAACAUUGUCCUUCCCCACGGCAACCAACUGGGCAUCGAUAAGAGAGGCCAUCUGACCGUUCCGGACACAACCGUCACCGUCUCCAUAGCGACGAUGCCGACCCACUCCAUCAAGACAGAAACGCAGCCGCACGGCUUUGCUGUGGGGGUCCCUCCGGCGGUGUACCACCCCGAGCCCGCUGAGCGGGUGCUGGUUUUCGACCGGAACCUCAGCACCGACCAGUUCAGCUCUGCGGCUCAGCCCCCAAACGCUCAGAGGCGAACGCCAGACUCCACUUUCUCAGAGACCUUCAAGGAGGGCGUGCAGGAGGUUUUCUUCCCCUCGGACCUCAGCCUGCGGAUGCCUGGCAUGAACUCAGAGGACUAUGUUUUUGACAGUGUUUCUGGGAACAACUUCGAGUACACGCUGGAAGCCUCCAAAUCGCUUCGCCAGAAGCCGGGAGACAGCACCAUGACCUACCUGAACAAAGGCCAGUUCUACCCCGUCACCCUGAAGGAAGUGAGCAGCAACGAGGGGAUCCACCACCCCAUCAGCAAAGUGCGGAGUGUGAUCAUGGUGGUGUUUGCGGAGGACAAGAGCCGGGAGGAUCAGCUGCGGCACUGGAAGUACUGGCACUCGCGGCAGCACACGGCCAAACAAAGGUGCAUUGACAUCGCCGACUACAAAGAAAGCUUCAACACCAUCAGCAACAUCGAGGAGAUCGCGUAUAACGCCAUUUCUUUCACCUGGGACAUCAACGACGAGGCAAAGGUGUUCAUCUCUGUGAACUGCCUGAGCACGGACUUCUCCUCCCAGAAGGGCGUGAAGGGCCUGCCGCUGAACAUCCAGAUCGACACCUACAGCUACAACAACCGCAGCAACAAGCCCGUGCACCGGGCCUACUGCCAGAUCAAGGUCUUCUGCGACAAGGGAGCCGAACGGAAAAUCAGGGACGAAGAACGAAAACAAAGCAAAAGAAAAGUUUCUGAUGUGAAGGUGCCGCUGCUUCCCACGCACAAACGCAUGGACAUCACGGUCUUCAAGCCCUUUGUGGAUCUGGACACGCAGCCUGUGCUCUUCAUUCCCGACGUGCACUUCGCCAACCUGCAGCGGGGCCCUCACGUCCUUGCCAUGGCCUCGGAAGAACUGGAGGGGGAAGGCUCGAACUUGAAGAGGGGGCCGUACGGGUCCGAGGACGAUUUUGUGGUCCCCCCGCCGGCUAAGCUGGCCCGGACCGAAGAGCCGAAGAGAGUGCUGCUCUACGUGCGGAAGGAGGCAGAGGAAGUCUUCGACGCCCUGAUGCUCAAGACUCCAUCCUUGAAGGGCCUGAUGGAGGCCAUCUCGGACAAAUAUGAUGUUCCCCAUGACAAGAUUGGGAAAAUAUUCAAGAAAUGUAAAAAAGGGAUCCUGGUGAACAUGGAUGACAACAUCGUGAAGCACUACUCCAACGAGGACACCUUCCAGCUGCAGAUGGAGGAGGUGGGGGGGUCGUACAGGCUCACCCUCACUGAGCUUUGAGGCGCCCCGGCCCCGCCCCGCAGUUCUACGAAGGCGUUGCCUCGGCCUCGCU